AUGGAGGCGAUUCUGUUGGGCGCGCGCCACCUGAGCAGCAGCGGCAGCUCGAGUUCCAGUUCCUACAGUUCCAGCGACGACGAGCCGCUCAGUCUCAGUCUGAAGCGCCACGCUGCGAUGCACCCUCAACCGCCCCCACCUCCCCCCGACUCACCGCCGCCUGACACUGACAUGCCUCCGCCACCUCCUGGUCCACCUCCACCUGUCGAUACGAAGCGCAAGUCAUCAAGACCGCGACGGACGAAGACUAACACUCCGACGACCGCAAAAAAGUCGGUGAAGACCAAAGCUUCAACCAAGAAGGCAAGGGCAACGCCUCAGUCGUCUCCGGUCAAGCAGCAACGGGUUGAAUCAGCGGCUAAUAGUGAGCAGGAACUGGGGCAGGAAGAUCUGGACGCGUACACGGACGAGUCGGACGUUUUUGAAGAAGAUGUGGAAGCUAUUUUGUUUGCAGAAGAGGAGGAAGAUCGACGCAAAGGCUACACUGACUGUUUGACAGAGACCCACCUGGACAGCACAGAGUACCCGUAUCCGGCGUAUCUCGCCAAGCUAUCGACGCUGUUUACGGAACAGAGUGCCUUUGGCAAAAACCCCGAGGACUUUAUUUAUUGCAACAACCUGCUGGUUAGUCCGAGCCAACUCAAGCUACUGGACACUCGAGCUGCUGCACUCGAGCGGGAGAAAUUGAGCCAAGUGCAACAAGCUGCAGCGUUGAAGGUAAAGGAGGAAAAACAGAGGAGACGCCAAGAGAGGUUAAUGGAGGCACUGGAACCGCCCGCAAAGAAACUUAAGAUAUCGGAAGCCGCGCUGAAGGCGUUGGAGUCAAAGUCAUCAGCAUCUGCGAGCAACACUAGAACUUCUGGUAAUCCCUCGCGAAAGCGAAGUCGAAAGAAACCUGCUGCAUCUUCUGCAUCUACGACACCUGCUACGCCAGCUUCGUCGAAUCCUCCCAGUGACGCCUCCACAGGUACUACCAAGAAGGCAAAACCGAAACCUUCGUCAGCACGGCCGAGUAAGGUCAAUGGCAAAACAAACGGUAAGCCUGCAACUGCUCCAGCUAGUAAGAAGAAAACUACGACAUCAAACAACCGUGCCAAGAAGACCAGUGCUGCUGCUACCAAAAGCAAGGCGGUAGCUGCAACUGGGAAGGGGUCAAAGGCGGCUAAGAGUGAGCAAGCCAAGUCAAAAGCUGCAGUUGUUAGUAGCAGCUCUAAGGAGAGCUGCGUGCGUGCAGAGAUCGAGAAGAAUCUCGCCGAGGCGGACCAAGACCCUGGCAACGAGAGCUCCUCCUCUUCGUCGUCGUCGUCAUCUUCGUCAUCUUCCUCCUCGUCUUCAUCGUCGUCGUCCUCGGUAUCGUCCGUAUCCAGUACGUCUGACGAUGAAACGAAAGACGAUUAG